GGGGAGUGGGGAGAGGAGUGUGAGGAGUGUGAGGGGAGUGUAAGGAGUGUGAGGGGAGCGUGAGGGGUGUGAGGUCUUUAGAAAUGCGCCGCACGGUGCCCGGGACGCGACGCGGGGCCCGAGGGAAGCCGCUGAGUUUCCGUCAUGGGAAUGUGGACAGCUCAGAAGAGGACGACUCAAGCUCCGAGAGUGAGGAGGAAAAUGUGGUUUUCUCACCCAAGGUGGAGCGACAGUUUUACCGAACUCUGUCCCUGCUGAAGAAGCGAGACCCCCGAGUCUACGAGCAGAGCGAGCGCUUCUACGAUGACGAGGCCGAGGAUGAGGACAAUGACAUGAAGGCCGAUAGCGAAAAGAGGAAUUCCAGGCGUGCAGAGCGAACUCCCCUGUACAUCCACGAUUACGAGAGGAAAAUCAUCCUGGAGCAAGAGGGGAAAUACAAAGAUGAAGAAGAUGAGGAUGACGAUGUUGAUGAAGUCAUGAAGCAGAGGAGCGCCUCGCCCACCUACAUCGAGGAACAGAAGCAGCUGAAAGCCAGCUUCAAGAAGUUCAUAGAUGGCAGCGAUGACGACGACGAUGCCAGUGGAGGUGGAGCUGAUGAAGAAGCAGGAGGAGGAGAUGGUGGAUUCCUGAAGAAACGCGUCAAGAGCAACGAGGAGAAGGAGGAAGAGGAGCUUGAUUACCGAUUAUGGCUGAAAGGCCAAGCUGAGCAGGCGGAAGGAGUGGAGGACAUGGACUUCCUGCACACCUACUGGAAUGACCCGAGUCUGGACGAGGGCGAGAGAUUCCUCAAGGACUACGUUCUCAACCGCAAGUACAUCGACCGCGGCAGCCGUGGCGACGAAGAUGGUGAUGACGGUGAUGACGGUGAUGGUGACAGUCAGCAAGGAACACGCAAGAAGCAGCAGCAGGAGCAGCAGCAGCAGGAGGAGGAGGAGGAUGGUGCCGACUCUGAGUGUGAGGAGGAGGGAGAGGAGGAGGGAGAGGAGGAGGCCUUCCUCAAGAAGCAGGAGGAGUUUGAGAGGAAGUUCAACUUCCGCUUCGAGGAGCCUGACGCUCACCUGAUCAAGUCCCACCCACGUGCCGUCGCUGCUUCUGUGCGUCGCGCCGACGAGCGUCGCAAGGAGCGCCGGGCCACCGUGAAGGCACGCAAGGAGGAGGAGAGACGCCGCAGGCUGGGGGAGGUGGUGCGUCUGCGCUCACUCAAGCGGCGAGCCGUGGAGGAUCGCCUCCGCACGAUCCACGCGGCGUCGGCGAACGCACGGCUCGGCUCGGAAGGGAAUGCGUUGCUCCACGGGGACUUUGACCCGGAGGCCCACGACGCCAUCAUGGCGAAAUUCUUCGAUGAUGAAUAUUACGGAGAAGCUGACGCAGUGAAGCCAGAAGGUGACUGGAGUUUGGAUGAAGAGGAGAUUUCCGACGGAGCAGACCUAGGGUUGGACGAGCCACAUUGUGAAGAUCCAGAUUUUGUGAUGGAUGCAGAUUAUGUACCGGGCGGACAUGGGGGACAGAAUUUAGACACCGAGGACACGGGGACACGGAAACGCAAAGGCAAGCGGCGGAAAUACGUGGAGCUCCCUGCGGAUGAUUCAGAGCUGCACUUUGAGUCUCUGGUGGGGGACCUGCCGUGCCGUUUCCGGUACCGAGAAGUCCUCCCCAACGACUUCGGACUCACCACAGACGAGAUCCUCAUGGCGGAGGAUCGGGAGCUGAACCAGUGGAGCUCACUCAAGAAGACCUGCAUGUACCGCUCGGAGGAGGAGGAGCUCCGUGAUUUGAGGGUGGCUCGCAAGCGCGCUCACGACUGGCGGAGAAAGCAGAGAAUCCUCAAGUCCCUCACGCAGAGUGCCGAGCAGGGAGAUGGCGGUAGCGGCGGCAAGGGCGGCGGCGAGGAGAGGGGCGAGCAGAGGGGCGACCGUCGCGCCCUCGUCGCUCCGUCGCCGUCCAAGCAGGCGGGAAGUAAAGUUUGCAAGAGGCCGGCACCGGGCAAGGAGAAAACGACUUCCCACGCGAAGCGUCCGGAGCGUCACGGCCGGAGGAGCAAACGCAGCGAGGAGGAGGAGGAGGAGGAGGCGGCGGCAGGCAGCGCGGACGACGAAGAAUGCGAGGAAGGCGGCGAGGACGGCAACAAGGCCGAGGGCGGCGAGCAUCGGCGCGGGAAGAACGUGAAGGCCGACGGUUCGGCCUUCACGCCUCAUCCUGCUGCUGCUGCUGCCGCCCCCGUCAAGAGGAAGCAUCUCGCUGUGGCAAGGAGCGGAGGCAACAACGCCGCCGCUCCGUCGCCCGUUAAGAAACGUCGCCCGAGGAAUCGGUUGGAGAUGCGCGGGGCGGCGAGGGGGGCGGUGAGGGGGGCGGUGAGGGGGGCGGUGAGGGGGGCGGUGAGGGGGGCGGUGAGGGGUGCGGUGAGGGGGGCCCACCGCCACCACCACCAAGGGCAGUCCCGGCGGGCGCUGCUGUCUCGUGUGGAGGUGGGCGGCACGGAAUUCUGCGGCGCUCGCCUGCGAGCCUACGGCCUGGACGUGCGCCGGCUCAAGUUCAAGAGGCUCACGAAGGACGGGGCGGGGAGACGGCGCGGGGGAGGGCGGCGGCAGAAAGGAGGAGGCGGAGCAGGAGGGCAGCAGGAGGGGAUGGGAGGAGACAGUGGGCAGCCGGAGAGCGAAGGGGGGGGAGCAGGAGGGCAGCAGGAGACACCGGGCAAAGCCGCACGGAGGAGGAGGAAGAAGAAGAAGAAGAGCCGAAGGGAGGAGAGUCACGGGGACGGUGCUGGCGGCAACGCAUGAAGAGAUCACCACCCCCCUCCCACCCCCCUCCCACCCCACCCCCACCCCACCCCCACCCCACCCCCCACCCCCCACCCCCACCACCCCAUUAUUGUUAGUCGUGGCCCAGGUCAUUCUCGGCUGUGGCUCUCAAAAGAAUCCAGCUUCAAGCCCCGUGCGCUGCUUCUGUGGAGCGUUGGUCCCAGCCUCAGCCGAGCCGCGGCUCAUCCCCCCGCUCAGCUGUGACUGGGCUGGGUGAGCGAAGCGCUCCCCGGGGAUCAUCGCUCCGUCGCUUUGUCACCUUGGUGGGGAGCCGGCCGGCCACCCUUGGGUCUGAUCGGACGUCGCUUAUCGUGGGGAAGUGCCGGGCUGUGAAAAAUAAAUCCCUUGCUUCCUACUAGCGCCGCGGUUAUUGACAGAUUCCUGGAGUUUCCAUUGGCUAAGGUGGUGGUGGGGUCGGGGACAGAUGGAGUGUUUUGUGGGCGGCGUUGAUCCGUUUCGGCCUCUUGCUCUUCAAGAGAGGAAGGUUCACAGCCUUGAUGCGUUUUAAUAAAAUUGUGUGAACAAAA